AUGGAACCAGAUGAAGCAUGGGCUCUUUUCAAGCAUAAUGUUAAUCUAGCAGUUAUUGAAUCAGAUGAAAAGUUGAAAGAAAUAGCAAGGCAAGUGAUGAACAAGUGUGGAGGUUUGCCACUCGCUCUGCAAGUGGUUGGUAAGGCCAUGUCUAACAGAAAUACUGUCCAAGAGUGGCAAGAUAUUUUGUACUCGCUAAAGAAUUCAGGUACUGAAGUAGUUCAAGGUGUGCAGGAAUCAUUACUUCCGAUUUUGAAAUUCAGUUAUGAUACUCUACCUGGAAAUAUUCAGGAGUGUUUCUUGUGGGCUUCCAUUUUCAGAUGGUCAUUAUCUAAAGAUAGUUUGUCGAAAUUAUGGAUGCGUUUAGGCCUGAUCAAUAAUUUUGACAAUUUACAACAAGCUUAUCGUACAGGAAGGCAGAUCUUUAAGAAGCUAGAGGAAUCAUCUUUAUUGUAUUCUUCUAAUGAUUAUUAUGUGGACUCACAUGAUGUAAUUUAUGAGAUGGCAGUGUGGAUAGCAUCAGACUGUGGGAGGAACAUGAAUAAAUGGAUAGUGAAAAGUAAUGGAGUGUUCAAAGUUGAAGUAGGAUCAAGCAAUGCAGAGAAUUGGAGAUUCGCGAGCCGAGUGAUUAUAAGUGACUGGGUGGAGCAUUUGCCAAUUUUGUCUCAUCAGUGUUCUGAUUUGUCGUGUUUAAUUUUGGGAAACAAUCAUAUGUUGAAAAAUAUUCAUAAAGGAUUUUUCAGACAGAUGCCAAAUUUGACAUAUUUGGAUCUUUCACGCACUGGUAUCGAAGAGCUUCCAAAGGAGAUCAAAUGUUUGGUUAAUUUGCAAUACCUUAACAUUAAAUUCACUAGGAUCUCGUCACUUCCAAAGGAGUUGGUAUAUUUGAAGAAAUUGCAAUAUCUUCUAUGCAGUUAUACAAAGCUUAGCAAGGUAGAGAAUGGUCUCAUGUCAAGAUUACAUAAUUUGAAGGUCAUUGACACAUAUCCGUAUGGGUGGGUAGAAUCGAAAGAGUUAAAGCUAUUGAAGAAACACAACAGCAUCAAAGCAAUAGGAAUGCGUGUAGUAUCAGAAAAGGUUUUCCAACAACUCUCAUGUUUGCCAACUACUCGGCUUUAUCUAGCCAAUGUGGAUAACUUUAUCUCUCUUUCAUUUGAUGCUUUAAGCUGCAAAGAUAAUGAAUUCUUGGAGGAACUAAAAAUUAGAUCAUGCCCACAGCUUAAGGAGCUUGUGAUGAAUGGAAGAAAGACUCAUCUCAAUGACCUCACAAUCCGUAAUGUUGAAAAACUGCAUAACAUUAUUUGGACAGAUCUAUCGCCUCCAGAAUAUUUUCAUGUGUUGGAGAAGUUAUAUAUAUCAGAAUGUAAUUUGGAUAAUUUAGCUUGGGUCUUGCAUCUCCCAUGUCUAUCUUUGUUAGAAAUAAAAAAUUGUGCAGAGAUAGAAACGUUGUUUUACUACGAGGAGGAGAGAGAAAUCCAACAGCAAGAAGUCUCAAAACACCGCCCAACAUUCCCUGCAUUGUUAUUUCUAACUAUAAAAAAGCUACCAAAAUUAGUGAGCAUAAGCAAUUUUGCAUUGGAUUUCCCUAAACUUUUAAGCCUGACAGUGAGUCGAUGUCCUAAUCUUAAGAAGCUUCCAUUCAAGAGUGGCAUUAACAACAACAAUCAGAGAAAGAUAAAGAUUGAUUGUGCGAAAGAAUGGUGGGAAAGCUUAGAGUGGGAUGAUGCCACCAUCCCAUCUCACCUUCAGCCACAUUUCUUAUCUGAAUGUAUGUUUCCUUGGAUGGAAGACUUAUUGGAUGGAUGACUAGUGAAUGUGAAUGAAAGGUCUUUGAGUUUUCUCUGUUUUUAUCUGCACAAGUUAAGAGAUCAUCUCAUGCUCAAACCAAGUAAGAUCAACAUUUAUUAGGAGAAAAUGCUCUUUUUCUUCUCUUCUCUUUUUUGUUUUCAGGUUCAAUGUGCAACUUAUAACAUUGAGAAAUUAUGUCAUCCAUUUGACAGGUCUUUAAUUUUCUGGGUUUUACAUCUCCAAAAGCUUCUUAGAACUACAACUUCUUUUCGCGAUUAAUCAGUGAUCUACCAAAUUUACUGUGCAAUUAUGCUUUGGAUUGCUCAUGUUGUUUCUGGUUUUCUUCUUAAAUCUGAACACUUUGAUUUGUUUUUUGUUUAUGCCGGUGUGAAGACAUAUUAUUAUUUGGUUUCCAAGUUUGAGGUCUAUUUACCAUUAUUAUCUUUUGUAUUUUCUAAGUUAAGUCUGGCUUGAAAGUUGAUCGAUUGAAGACAUUAAUCGUUGGGCUGUAACUUUCAUUCAAACUAUA